AUGGCAUUCCUCUCUUUGGACGACAUUGCUGCCUUCAGCAGCGCCGGAUUUGUUCUCAAUACCGAGGAGCGCGCAGCCCUUCGAUCUUCGCUCCUGCUCAAGAAAAACGAGGAGCGCCUUGACGAAAUUGGCCUGUGGGGCAAAAUCCUGGGAGUGCAGAAAGACUAUAUGAUUGCCCAGGCAACUGGCGAGGACCACUUUGUGCGCAAAUUUUUCUACAGUACCGAUUUGGUGACCUGGCUGCAGCUUCCGGAAGUGACGGUCGAGGAAAUCAAAAUCGUCGACACCAUAAUGUCACGCUUUUACGGUGAUCCCGCGUAUGAGUACAUCACAGCCAAAAACGAGGAGCAAGAGUCCACCGGAGACGAUGAGCCGCAUGUGGAGGAGAAGCGUAUCACCGAACUGAAGCGUCUAUCCGGUGUUAUUGCGCUCAUUAACCACCAAGUUCAAAUCGUUCCGCGAGGAGCAUACUAUCGCGACCAUUUGCACAAGUUGUCUCUGAAUCCGGCGUUCCAAGGGCUCACCAGAGAUGGUCUUGGCAAGUUGACCGAAUACUUUCACUUCUGUGAGGGCUUUGAUAUCAACACAAGGACCAUCAUGGAUCGAGCCAAUUCUUUCGACGAGAGCAUCGACAUUUUUGAUAGCCUCGCUCGAGACGAGCCCAAAGGCAUAUGGUCCCUGAUCAUGGAAAAAUCGGGUGCCUCUGUCAUUAUCCGGAGUCUUCUGUGGCCCGGAUAUGUGUUUUUCCACUCUCCAAGACCCUGCAAGUGGGGGAGCUUUUAUUAUGGCAGCGGACAAAAGAACCUCAAUAUUGGCUACAUGCUGCCAUGAGACAGAAACAAUGGCCACUCUGAGCAGCCAGGAGCUUGAGGAGCUCGGAUGACUUAGAUGAAUUUCAUGAUAAAUCAUCGAACACAUUGUCUGAAUCUCUUCGAGCUGGUCCAGUGGAUCCAUAAUGCAGCGGGACAGCCCCUUUCUGGUAUUAGAUGUCUGAAACCCGCUGGCCGACUGUAGGCGGCGAUGGGCUUGCGGCUGUGCGAUAGUUUCUAGUCCUGGUUGGCAAUCUCUUUGUUUUGGUUGGUUUGGGAAGCACGGUCUUGAAUACACUC